CAGAGAAAAUAUUUACAGAUGUGGUGACUUGAUUCACCCCGCUUGUAAUCCCCAUUAUUUUGUACUGGGUACAUGUAAAAAUUGUGUGGGAGUUUGAGACCCGUGUGCAUGGCGGGAAGCCAAACCAAAAUACAUGAAAAAUUGUAAGCACUCAGUUUUCUCCCUCAGACCAGCGUAAACCCUGAACCAGUACGUUACACUGUACACGACAAUCCACUCCGUGUCACGUCGUGUCGGUGUAUGCUAGACCAGCUCUGUUGAUACAUGUCCAUAGUUUAUUAUAUCCGAGCCAGUAUCGGAUAUAAACAUUUCCAGCUGAUCGAAUCCGAACAACUGUCGAUCAAUUUUCUCCCAUAACGGGACUGUUUACCUAGCGCAGCAAACGUUAGCUGGAUUACCUGGUCUUGUAAGCACAGACCGUGGAGCGUUCCACAUGAGUGCCAUGCUAUUACAGGCUUAUCCAGACUUGCUCUACAAGUAUGCUAAUUGCGGGAACAUAAACACGGUACGCAGUAUGGCGAAAGACAUGGGCUCUCUCCCGACGGCCGUUUGGGACACCCAGUCCUUGACCCUCCGAGACGUCCUGAUGCAGGUGGACGUCCCGACCCUCGGGAAGAUUGUUAAGGGACAAUUUAUGAAUUUGGGAGUGUCCAAGAUCCCGUUUAGGAAUUUACAACAGGAGGUAUUGAUUCAUUCUAUCAAAACAAAUAUAAAAGUGUUAUCACACAGCGUACAACGAAUCGACGGUCGGGACGGGAGACUGCGACUCCAGUCCCUGGAACAGAGACUCUCGAUUCCGAUCACGUACCAGGGGUGGUUCGAACUCCUGUCCGAGGAUGGGCGUUCCGCCAGACCGAUUGAUAGUGUGAUGAACUUGGCAAAAGUGAGGCCGACUCGUUGUUUGGUGAGACAGAAUAUCAAGGCGUUUAUGUCGAGUGAAGAUGGACAGAUGACGUACGAUAAAUCAAAGAUUGUACCCGCCGGGGAAUCCUUGACCCUCAUGAAUGACGUCGCAGUGAAAGCGCCAACGGGAGAACGGCGUAAAGUAUUAAAAUGUCGAGAUUCUAAAGGUGUGAUUCUGUUCCUGGAUUUUGAACAACGAGGACUCUUUACCCCCAUAGCGGGACCCCAGGACGUGGCGGGGGUGAUGACCAUUAAAGAUAUUAUUGGGCGUUUCCGUCUCCCCCUCACAGUGAAGUUAGUUCAAGGCGUGUGGCCCAAAGUGGACAGUAACCGUUUUACGGGGGUAAUUCGCCUGGAUUGGGUGUACACGGAUGAAGUGGCGUUCCUGUGCCCCCUGGACAGAGGUAUGUUUAGGAUAACUCCCGUACCAACAGAGGUGCUAAUGAAAGUCUUGCCAGCAACAAAUUCUGUAGAGAUAUUAGAAAACCAGACAAUAAAAGACAUUAUUACUAAAGUAAACAGAAUGGUUGCCAACUAUAAUAACACCAUACAUCUCAUUUUGGCUGUCCCCGAAGCCGCCAUGGUUAAAAAUAAAUCUCACCAAAUGGUUAACAUGUUUUCACCAAAAGAGAAUGUGAAUGGACAUUCUCGAGUGAAACGUUCGAAGAGCCGCGAGGACUUCCUAAUGGACGACGUGGAUGAGCUGUAUCAGUAUCUACGUGACGGCAAAAUGCCCCCGAAAGACAAGUUCCAUUACGACUCGGAUGAAGAGAGCUUUUUCGAAGAGCCCGCUUAUGAAAAGUUAGACGAUUUCCGGUCUAGGCUAGAGCGUUUAGAACGGGGUGAACCAGGUAACCAGAGCAGCCGGUACCGGCCCGCUGACCUUGCCAAACUCGGACUGCACAAGGGCACAGAAAAUCUCAAAACUGUCGGCGGCAUUAACGAAAUUAAGCCCAAAUCUCCACCAGACGCACCCCCUCCUGUGCCCCCGCGGAGAUACACUAGAGCUGAUUCUGCGCCCGUCAUUCCUCUCAGUCAAGUUCAGAAGUUAAGCCCACAGAAGACGGGGUCCUCAAGCGGCUCCAGUCGUGGAGGAGCAAGUAAAAAAGGCACAAAACAGACUGAUAGCAAGAGUUCUUCCCAUUCGUCAGGGAAGAGGCAUUCCGUGCACACGUUUUAUCUGUAGACAGUCUAUUUAUAGACUGUAGACUGUCUAUUUAUAGAAUGUACAUACAAUAGUGAUAUUUAACAAGUGCCAAGUUUUCUUGUGUAACUUUAAGAAAGUUUCACAGGAUCAUUCAAGCAUUUAUAGGCAUUUUAUUACGUGAUAUUUUUUCCAGUAAUAUAUUCAUAAAAAAAAAAUGCACAAAAAUAAAUUUCUGUGAACGUGAUGCUUGCAGUCAGGAAGUGUUAUGAAUUUAUCUAGUGAAAGACAGCAUGUCGUGUGUGAAUGGAAUGGUAUUGUAGAGAACAUAUAUCUCUGAAGUAUGAAAUUCUCAUAGCAUUUGAUUUUGUAUUACAUCCUAGUCAGUCUGCUUGUUGCCGUACCUGUCUCGGUUGUUGCAUUGCAUGUCCCUGAUUCAAGCAUAUAUAUAUAUAGAUGUGUAAUUGUAAUUAGAAAUUGGCGUGACAAAAUGAAAUUAUCAUAUCCGUGUUUAGUCAAAUUACUGCCAUUAUACAUUUAAAGUUGGCCAGAAAAGGGCCUUUCUUUUGAUUGAUACUGUAUACAUGUACUUGCCUUUCUACUAUUUUUUAACUGUUUGAUUUACACCUGUGUGGUGAUCUGCUGGAGUGCCGAGUACAGGUCGAUUGCGGUCACUGAUUCUAGAUUUGUAGAUUAAGAGAGAUCGUCACGCACCACUUGCCAUACAUAAUUCUGAAUACAGACGUAUAAUGAA